AAACAGAAAACAAUUCCUAUCUCUUCCUCUUCGCUUAUAACUAUCAGUGUAAAAUGCCGACCACCAUGGAAGAUGUCACAGCAAAGACUGAGGCAAUUGAAAUUGACCCCAAGAGUGGUCUUGCUUUAAAACCAACAAUGGAGAAGGAGAAGCUGGUGAGCGAAGGUGAACCAAAGACUACAGAAACAGCACAAGAGAAGCCAAAUUGUACCAAUGGAGCCAAAACUGAAGAGGAAAAGAACGAGAAGAGUGGUCAGGAGAAAGAACCCAAUGGUGCAACUGUAAAGGAGGAGGAAGUUCCAGUUGAAGUUGAACCUAAAACUGGAAUCUCUUUUGCUGUCAAACUUGAAGAUGGAAUGCAGUUGAAAGCUGUAGGUUUAAGGAAGAAGAGCAUGCUUGGCAUGGGCCUCAAAAUUUAUGGCUUUGGAAUAUAUGCAGACAAUGAGAAAUUGAAGGACCUUAUGCAGUCCAAGAUUGGGAAAGCACCAUCAAAACCAACAAAGGAAAUGUACCAAAUCGUGAUUGAUAGCGAUUUUGGGAUGAUGGUGCGGUUGGUAAUUGUUUUCUCUAACCUAACCAUGAGCAUGGUAAGAAAGAACUUUGACGAAGGCCUAGGAGCUGCCAUAAAGAAACUCACUGGUGGGAAGAACGAAGAGCUCACAAAAAAGAUCAUGGGUGAAGCAUCCGAUGACAUAAAGCUGACUUCUGGUUCUGUAAUUGAGAUUUCAAGACUUCCGGGAUAUGUUCUCCAGACCAGAGUAAAGGGUGAAAUUGUGAGCAAGGUGGAAAGUGAACUACUCUGCAGGGCCUUCAUCUACAUGUAUUUAGGUGAUGAUCCCUUUGACAAAGAAGCCAAGGAGAAGUUCGGGGCAUCCAUGGUCUCUAUGUUCUAAGUUAUGUCUUUCCAGCAAUUUCUAGGUUGUUAAAGAAUAAAGCGGUCUAUUUUAACUGAUGAAUAAUUGCUCAAUAAAGGAAUGAUUAAAACACGUUGAUUUUUCAUAAGUAUUUCGUAAGUUCUAAUACGCAAGCUUCAAAACUCCACCCCCCUCCCCAACAAAACCCAUGUUAUCUCUCUCAACUCAUAUGUUAUGUAAGCGUGCAU